AUGGGGAAAGAACCUACAGCGGCAACAACCGCUGUCGAUGAGAAGGCUGGUGAGGCGGACCCCACCCUCGCUAUCCAGGAAGCCGCUGAGGAUUUGGGCCUCGAUGUCGGUCACGUCAAAGAGAUCAAGGGGGCGGAUGGCGCCUAUAACUACGCCAGCGCAGUCGCCAUGGAGAUCGAUGAGAAGACAAACAAGCGCUUGGUCCGGAAGAUUGACUGGCACGUCCUGCCGUGGCUGUGCGGGCUCUACGUGCUACAGUAUUUGGACAAGGGAGUCCUCUCCUAUGCCGGUGUCAUGGGUCUCCAAGCGGAGACCAACCUAACCUCCAGUCAAUACACGUGGCUCGGCUCAAUCUACUAUGCUGGUUACAUCGUCUUCGCUCCUGUCCACAACCGCAUGUUCCAGGUCUUCCCGCCGUCGAAGUACAUCGCGUGCUGUGUCAUUGCUUGGGGUGUGGUUCUGACGUGCAUGGCUGCCUGUCAUAACUUCGCCGGCUUGAUGGUCCAACGCACGAUUCUGGGCGCUCUUGAGGCCUCGAUCAACUGCGGCUUCUCCCUCAUUACCGCGGCGUGGUAUCGCAAGUACGAGCAUGGCAGCCGGACCGGCAUCUGGUCGGGCUGUACCGGUGUGGCCACCAUGAUUGGCGGCUUGAUUGCUUUUGGAUGUGUGGAUGGAGAGACGAAACAUCCCGACGCUAACUUCUCAAGUUGGAAGAUCCUGGCCGUCGUUACCGGCAUCGUCUCGAUCGUCUACGGAAUCUGCAUGUUCAUAUUCAUGGCUACCAGUGUUGUGACUGCCAAGUUCUUUAAUGAGGAAGAGCGAACUCAGGCCGUCGAACGGCUGCGAGACAACCAUCAAGGUGUUGGCUCGACGCAGUACAAGCGCUACCAAGCCAUUGAGGCUAUAACCGAUUACAGGACUUGGAUGUACGUUACCUUUGUGCUCUCGUCCCAGAUUCCUGCUGCCGGCCUCGUGCUCCUGCAGUCCAUCAUCAUCAAGUCUCUGGGCUUCACCGUGAAGGAGACUCUUCUCCUCAACAUUCCGCAGGGCGCCAUCAGCGUCAUCUGCAACAUGGGAUUUGGGAUGCUUGCCGAUGUGACGCAUCAGCGCAGCGGGGCUGCCAUUCUCGCGGGCCUCUUCUCCCUCUUCGGUGCCAGCCUGUUCAUCGGCCUCGGGGACCACGGCCACUUCUACCGCAAGUAUGGCCAAUUGGUCGCCUACUUCUUCAUGAGUGGCAGCUGCUCCACGGCCUGGUUCAUUGUCAUUUCCAUGUUGUCGAGCAACGUGCUCGGCACCACCAAGAAGACGACGCUCAACUCCAUCGUCUUCCUCAUCCUCGGCGUCGCCUACCUUGUUGGGCCCCAGACGUUCCGCGAUCCCCCCUUCUACCAGCAUGCCAAGAUCAGCCUGCUCGUGCUCUGGGUCGUCAGCGUGCUCAUCCUCUGUGGCUUCUUUGUGCUCAACACAUGGGAGAACAAGCGGCGGCAGAAGAUGCUCGAGCGCGGUGAGAUCUCGGACGGCCACGGCACGAAUGUCGAGUUCUUGGACUUGACGGACAAGGAGAACAAGCUGUUCCGCUAUGUCAUCUGA